GGGUCCUGCGGGCGGUGGUCGAGGCGGCGAACUCCGGGGCGUCGGUUCUCUGCCUGUGCGAGAAGGGAGACGCCAUGAUCAUGGAAGAGACGGGCAAGAUCUUCAAGAAGGAAAAAGAGAUGAAAAAAGGUAUCGCCUUCCCCACGAGUAUAUCGGUAAAUAACUGUGUCUGCCACUUCUCCCCGCUGAAGAGCGACCAAGACUACAUCCUGAAAGACGGGGACUUGGUCAAAAUUGACUUGGGAGUCCACGUGGACGGCUUCAUAGCGAAUGUAGCACACAGCUUCGUCAUCGACGCCUCCAAG